AUGAAGGCCUGGGCUAGAAAAGAAAGCAAUAUAAAGGCCUGGGCUGGAAAAGAAAGCAAUAUGAAGGCCUGGGCUAGAAAAGAAAGCAAUAUAAAGGCCUGGGCUGGAAAAGAAAGCAAUAUGAAGGCCUGGGCUAGAAAAGAAAGCAAUAUGAAGGCCUGGGCUAGAAAAGAAAGCAAUAUAAAGGCCUGGGCUGGAAAAGAAAGCAAUAUGAAGGCCUGGGCUGGAAAAGAAAGCAAUAUAAAGGCCUGGGCUGGAAAAGAAAGCAAUAUGAAGGCCUGGGCUAGAAAAGAAAGCAAUAUGAAGGCCUGGGCUAGAAAAGAAAGCAAUAUGAAGGCCUGGGAUGGAAAAGAAAGCAAUAUGAAGGUCUGGGCUAGAAAAGAAAGCAAUAUAAAGGCCUGGGCUGGAAAAGAAAGCAAUAUGAAGGCCUGGGCUAGAAAAGAAAGCAAUAUGAAGGCCUGGGCUAGAAAAGAAAGCAAUAUGAAGGCCUGGGCUAGAAAAGAAAGCAAUAUGAAGGCCUGGGCUAGAAAAGAAAGCAAUAUGAAGGCCUGGGCUAGAAAAGAAAGCAAUAUGAAGGCCUGGGCUAGAAAAGAAAGCAAUAUGAAGGCCUGGGCUAGAAAAGAAAGCAAUAUGAAGGCCUGGGCUAGAAAAGAAAGCAAGAUGAAGGCCUGGGCUAGAAAAGAAAGCAAUAUGAAGGCCUGGGCUAGAAAAGAAAGCAAGAUGAAGGCCUGGCUUCUAACUGAACAGCUCUACCCUCCACAGCUUCUAAUUGAACAGCAUAAGAAUAAAGGAGGCAAUCCUCAGACCAUCAGAGUGUGA